AUGGUGGCAGGUUCGGCGCGGCGGUUGGCGUUGGAUUGGAUUGGGUUCGAGCAAUGCAUCGCCGCUCCCGCAGCGCUUGAGCCCCGCGACACGCGGGAGGACUCACGGCGGCUGUUGCUCGCCAGAGCGUUUAUUAAGGCAGCGUGCGAGCCUCGUGCCCGUCCUCACGUGCUGACCCACGGCAAAAACAUGACAAACCUGGAAGCGCUGAUCACCAACAUCGAGCUCUGCAGCCAGGCUGACGGCUGCAGCGCGGUCACGUUUCCCACCCUCAAGAAGCUUUCCGUCCACGGACUGGGGACAUUUCAUAUUCAAAAAUGGCGCUCUUUUGAAAAUGGUGAGGUGCUCACGUUUCAGAGGCCUCUGUUCUCGCUCUCCGGGACUGUUGCACAGAUCCGUAAGCUGCGACAUGCUUCUGCGCCUGUUCCUGAUGAGAUGAAGAAAGUGUCAGUGAGCUACAAGAAGAUCCGCUCGGAUGUCCCCUAUUCCAAGGAAGUCGUGCAGAACUGUAUGCAGGAGACCCUGGACUUUUUCUACUUCAUCCUAACAAACAGAGGGGACACGGACUUCAUUUUAAAGGAUUUUGGCACCCUUGCUAUCCGGGGAACAGAAGUGACAGUGGCAUUUUGCGAAGACUUUUUACUACGCCUCAACAAGUCCACGUACAUAGUAGAGAAGUUGCUCGACAAGAAAUGGGUCGUAUCGGCUAAAGAAGUCACUCUGCUUCCGAGCUGUUUUGGCCGUGUCUACCAGUUUCCACAGUUUCGGAUUAAGGCAGUGCCUCGAAGACCUUCUCUCGGAGACAAGGAGAUAGUUACGGAACUCGAGAGUGCUUUGAGCAACAUGGGAAUAAGAGCGGCCGUUCGUCACACAUUACGCCUUCUGCGAAGGUGCUCUUCUCCAGACCUCUUAGCCAGAGCUGAGAUGGAGGAAGAAGCAGAGGAGAAAAUGGAGGGAAAAGGGCCUCAUGGCAGCCUGUUGCCACAACGUGCAGGCACGGAAGGAAGGCAGCACAAAGAAACCCCUUUUGAGAGCCCUGAAUUCCCAUUGCCUGCUUCUGAAGAGCACAGGCAGACGGGACAGCUGCCCCAGGAGGAAGACGACAGCCUCAGCUCCCCAGAGGCCACCUCCAACACAGAGGAGGGUCUACAAGCGAUGGAGGCUUGGAUUCAGGCGAGGAGGCAGCUUCGAUCUGAGCUGGAAAGCUUGGGGGACGUGGAAAAAUGGCUGGCUCACAAACCUGCCCUCAGCUAUCAAGAAGCAGCACGCUGGCAAAGCAUAAGGGCACGCCGAGCAGAGAGGAAGGCUGCUGUCAAACCAGCCAUGACCCAGAGCCCGGACCGCUCAGCACCAAAGAGCAGCCAGCCGUGCAGGAAGGGUGGCGUUCCCCUUGUUUGUGCGCCGUACCCCCAGGCUCUGGUCAGGCUGCAUAACCUCCUGCACGAGCAGAAGCUGACGAUGGUGAACGUAUUCAAGAAGGCUGGUAUGGACGGGAGGAAGAUCAAGAGAGCAGACUUCAUCAGAGUCAUCAGGGAGGUCCAAGUUCCCAUCAGCGACAAGGACCUGGAGGAUGUGGUCAUCUUCUUGACUUCCUCAAAACCGGGGAAUUUUAUAAGCCCCCAAGAUCUGAUGAAUUGCCAAAAGCAGUGGCUGGAAAUGAGGAAAGGACAACCCCAAGAGACCCAAACAGGUGUAGAAGAUCAUUUGCAGAAAGCCACCUGCAAAACUGCCACUUGUCCACCUUCUGCUGGGGGCACAGCCAAACGGAUGAAGCCCCAUGCUCCUACCAUGCCCGAAAGAACACUGACGUGCUUGGAAGUCCCUCCAGUCAACACGGAGCCAGAACGACGACAUCUGAGCUGUGAUGAAAUGGAAGAGAUUGGGAAAGUGACAAGAGAGAGGAGACGGUGGGAGAAGAACAAAGACGGCCCGAUAGAACGGAAAGAAAAGUGCCGGAUGGUGAGGUCCGGGGAUGGCCCCGUGGAUGAGCACUGCCUGCCAUCAACGGUAGAGGCUGACCUGGGAGAACUGGUCAACCGGUACCGCAGGGAUGCCGUCACGACUUAUCUGAAGAGCUCCGAGCUGUGCAAAGAGCGCGGUGUUCCCAUCACUGAGCCAACGCUGCAGAAAGCUCUGCUGCACCCAGGAGACAAGAUCAUCAAGGAGGGAGAAGAGGUUAGGAAGAUCAGGCAGCCUGGUGGAUACUACAGCCCGGGACGUGCUGAUGGUCUGUCACCUGGGAGCACCUCCAGAUCAGGAGCGGCAUCUGGAAGCCACGCCAAGGAGGCAAAACCUAGGCAUCUUGUGAGGAAUCAGAUGCAAAAGUCAAGCGACAAUAACUUCUGGCCAGGUCAUCUCCUGGACAAGCUAUGCCUUUACUUUCCUGAAAAGCAGCAUGACAGGGCACACGCUUUGUUCAGCUGUGUUCAUCCAGCCAAGCCCGCCCACCGUGGCACCUAAAGCCCUGCCUGCGGCUAGCUCGUCAGC